AUGCCUGAGCACGAAGCUCUGAAGAAGGAGUAUGGGCAAACAAAAAUCAAGCUUGCUUCAUCCUCACAGCACUCUCUUGAGUACGGGCAGAAGAAGAAUCCACUCAUCCGACGCAUCCUCCGCGCCGCGGGUUGGACGGACACCGAGAUUGACAAGAAAGAAAGUCUUGACUACAGAGUGCCCCACGAUGACCUUCCAUAUUGA